AUGGUGAACUUUGAGCUGCGCCGGCAAGUCAUCAACGUCUACAAGGAACUCUUGUUCCUAGGGCGCGAAUACCCUCUAGGGUAUCAGUACUUCAGAGAUCGGCUGCACCGCGCAUUUGCGAGUCAAGCCCAGAUUACAGAUGAUGAGCAGAUCCGCAAGGGGAUCGCGAGGGCUGAGUUCGUGAAGAAAGAAGUUGAAGCCUUGUAA